GAAGUUCUGAAGGGUAAAGGAACACACACUCUGAGCACCCGUUUGAAAAAAUAUGGCUACCUCAAAUCAGAAUGUGGAGUUUGUAAGGACAGGUUACGGGAAGAACCUAGUGAAGGUUAUGUAUAUCCGGAGGGAGGGGACUUACCACUACAUAACUGAGCUGAAAGCAGACGUCCAGCUGACGCUGAAUUCUCUCAAAGACUACCUGACCGGAGACAAUUCAGACAUAAUCCCUACAGACACGAUCAAGAACACAGUCCAUGCACUGGCCAAGCUAAAGGGAGUUAAAACUAUUGAGGGCUUUGGCCUGGACAUCUGCAACCACUUCUUGACAGCUUUUAAGCAUGUUGCACGAGCAAAGGUCAACAUUGAGGAAGCUCCUUGGAAAAGGCUGGAAAAGAAUGGCACUAUGCAUGCUCAUGCCUUUAUAUUCUCUCCAGAAUUUUGGCACUUCUGCGAGGUAGAACAGUAUCUAAAUGGGAACCCAGUGAUUCACAGUGGGAUCAGAGACAUGAAGGUUCUGAAGACUACACAGUCAGGUUUUGAGGGCUUCCUCAAAGAUCGCUUCACCACCCUACAGGAGGUCAGAGACAGGUUCUUCUGUACCUCUGUGUAUGCUAAAUGGCGCUACAAUAAGCACUGGGGUGUGCCGUUUGACACUACAUGGAACAUGGUGAAAGAUACCAUCAUUGAGAAGUUUGCUGGGCCUUAUGACCGUGGGGAAUAUUCACCUUCUGUUCAGAAGACUCUGUAUGAUACACAAGUUCUUGUUCUUGACAGGUUACCAGAGAUCGAGGAGAUUGAAAUAGUCAUGCCAAACCAGCAUUACUUUACAAUUGACAUGACAAAAAUGGGGAUCUCCAACAUGGAUGAGGUUCUUCUACCUCUGGAUAGCCCUGCGGGCAACAUCACAGGGACUGUGCGAAGGAAGUCACGGGCUAAACUGUGAAACCAACCAGAGACAUGAGGAAUCCACAGAAAAUGGCAUUCACACAAGUUUAAUAAAAAAUAAAAAUUAAAAAAAAGGAACAAAGACUUAUUUACCCCAUACAGUAUACACACCACCGUUUUCCCCAAAAUAAGUCAAUAAAAAUAAAUAAAUAUUUAAAAUGACACUCUCAAACCUUUAUCAAGUUGUAGUUGAAUGCAGUGACUGCGACAAAUAUUUUUCCCAUAUAAUAAAUAGUUGCAAUAAUAAACAAAAUUAGAGUAAGUAUAUUUACAUCACUAGACAGUGUUGUGAGGACUGGGUAUGAAUUAUAUGUUUUACAAAACAGAUUUAGAUGCCUUGGUGUUAAAAGAAACAGAACCAAUAUUUUCUUUGGAUAGCUUGCCACUUUAAAGGUAUGUUAGUUAGGGACCCAAAAUUAGGUACUUCUAAAAUGUACAUAUAAAAAUGAAAUGGAAUUUAACAUAUAGUGAUCGAAAUGGAAAUUUUACUUUCAUUUUUUAUAUAAUGCGGCAUGAGGCAAUAUGUAGGCAUUCAUGCAGAUACCUACACAACUGAUUUACAGCAUAGGUAAAAUGAAAGUUAAAUGUCUAAUGUUUUAGGGCACCGCAUAUUAGGUGCAAGGGAGCUCUACAGCAGUUACAUAAAAGGCAUCAUUUGGUCAUUCUCUCACAUAUCUUAAAAAGUCUUUGUCAUGAUUAAAUAUUAGGCUUGUGAGCUGUUAUAAUCACUUUUAUGAAUAGUUGACUAAGAUUUACAGUUGAAUCAGUGCCUUUUUUGAUUCAAGCAAUUUAUUGCAAAUUUCUCACAUACAACUCAGUCCUCUAUUGCAAGACAGAUUUUGAAUGGACACUGUGCAAAAGACUGUCUAAGUGAACACAAUGUCCCCUCAGCUGCAUAAGCACCACUGGUCAUGAACUGACACAUAACUGGUAUUUUCAGUUCAACAUCAAGACAGGUAUUUCACCAAGUCAGCAAACAAAUUCAGGAACCAUAUCUUCAAAAUUAAUCAUCACUUUAUGAACCUUAUGGUGAAACAGACAUAAAACCAUUUAGUGACUGGAUUUGAAUCAAUCAAGCUCAUCAUCUUCCAAACAAAUGCAAAAAGGAACCUGAAUUUAUUUAGUUACCAGUCUCUGUUAUACUGUUUUAUGAGACUCCUUAGUAUAAGAUGUUUAAAUAAGACUUUAAUAAAACAACACACAACUGUAGGGUGGUUAGUUUUCGGAGC